CAUCAUCAUCGGGUUUUCGUCGGGUGACAUUGUAUGGUUCGAUCCAUUAUGCAACAAGUAUGGCCGGAUCAACAAGGGCGGUAUCAUGAAUUCAUCAGCUAUUACCAUGAUCAAAUGGUUACAGGGCUCAGAAUCUCUAUUUAUGGCAGCGUUUGCGGACGGGUCAAUGAUGAUUUUUGACAAGGACAAAGAAGACGAAGCUUUUCAUCCCACAACGGCUGGCACUGGUAGUGGGAUCACUACGACAACGACUACGACGACGACGACGACGACGACACCUCCCAUGAUCAACCGACGCAAGCAUUACAGCACUGGAAGCCUACUUAUUCAUCACAACAAUAACUCGAAUGCUACCAUGGAAUCGCAACAAAAGUUUACUUUCCGGGUAACCAAACCGUCUCCCAAGGCCGCCAUGAAGUGUAACCCAGUAACCCAUUGGACGCUCUCUUCAAAAUCGGUCACUGCGUUUGCAUUUUCGCCUGAUUGUCAGCAUGUCGCAGUGGUUGGAUUGGAUGGAUUGGUUCGAGUCAUCAAUUUUGUUCAUGAAACGCUGUACGACAUCUAUCAAUCUUACUAUGGUGGAUUGAGUUGCGUAGCAUGGAGUCCAGAUGGCCGAUAUAUACUUACUGGUGGCGAGGACGAUCUUGUCACGAUAUGGGCGUUCCGUGAACAGCGCAUCAUUGCACGAUGUCAAGGCCACAGUUCAUGGGUCACUGGCGUCGCAUUUGAUCCAUGGCGUUGUGACGAGCGGGUCUAUCGAUUCGCCAGUGUGGGUGAAGACGCCAAGCUAAUUUUGUGGGACUUUUCAGUGAAUGCGUUACACCGGCCAAAGAUGAGAACGGCUACAGGAGGCAGGCACCGAGGUAGCUCUGUUUCAUCGCAGCACAAUGGUGGACCUCCGGUCAAUCUACUGAGCACCAUGCAGCAGCAGCAGCAACAACAACAGCAUGACCAGCAAUCACCGCCGACGAUCCAUCCGAUCCAGUCGAAAAAUCAAGUUGCAUUUCUACAGCCCACCAUGGUCAAGACUGUCCAUGCGGAUCCAUGUGUAGGCGUCUAUUUCCGUGAGGAUGUGAUUGUGACAACGGAUCGAAAAGGUCGCGUCAGUGUUUGGCAACGGCCUCCACCGUCUGCGGCUUCUUCACAGGCCUCCUCCUCCGAUUUGCACCGUUGAAGAAAACUAGUGUUCCUAUACUAUAUUUGUAUACAUCUGCAUAUCAUAACCAUACUUUCUCUAUCAAACCUAGAACUCUCCCCUUUUUUCCGUUUAUACUAUUCAACCCCCCAAAACUUUCUCUGUGUUCGGUGCUGCGAACCCUUGUUCUAUUCUCUAUCGCGCUUGAUGUGGUGAUCUAGAGUUCCAUAUUUAUAUUUCCUCAGUAAAUCUUAAUUUACGUUUUCUGCUGAAAGGUGGAGGUAAUGAUGGCAGAAAAAGAGAGA